AUGGGGAGCCCCCGGGCCGCGCUGCUGCUGCUGCUCCUGCGCCCGGCCAAGCUGCUGCGGAGACGCUUCCGGCUGCUGCUGGCGCUCGCCCUGGUGUCCGUGGGGCUCUGGACUCUGUAUCUGGAGCUGGUGGCGUCUGCGCAGGUCGGCGGGAAUCCCUUGAACCGGAGGUAUGGCAGCUGGCGAGAACUGGCCAAAGCACUGACCAGCAGGAAUAUGCCAGCUGUGGACCCGAAUCUCCAGUUCCACCGCCCCCAAAGGUUGAACCUCAAGGACCAAGGAAUGGACCAAGAUGGGAGCAGUAACAGCAGCUACCUGAAGUGGAACAAGGCCGUCCCCUGGCUGUCGGAGUUCCGGGGCCGGGCCAACCUGCACGUGUUCGAGGACUGGUGUGGCAGCUCCAUCCAGCAGCUCCGGAGGAACCUGCACUUCCCACUGUACCCCCACAUCCGCACAACCCUGAGGAAGCUGGCUGUGUCCCCCCGAUGGACCAAUUACGGCCUCCGCAUCUUUGGCUACCUGCACCCCUUCACCGACGGGAAAGUCCAGUUUGCCAUCGCCUCAGACGACAACGCCGAGUUCUGGCUGAGCCAUGACGACCAGGUUUCAGGACUUCAACUGCUGGCCAGCGUGGGCAAGACUGGAAAGGAGUGGACGGCCCCAGGAGAGUUUGGGAAAUUUCGGAGUCAAAUUUCCAAGCCGGUGAGCCUCUCAGCUUCCCGCAGGUACUACUUCGAGGUGCUGCACAAGCAGAAUGACCAGGGCACGGACCACGUGGAGGUGGCGUGGCGAAGGAGUGACCCCGGGGCCAAGUUCACCAUCAUCGACUCCCCUUCCCUGUCCCUCUUUGCAAACGAGACGGUCCUGAGGAUGGACGAGGUGGGCCACAUCCCUCAGACAGCAGCCAGCCACGUGGGUGCCCCUGACGGCCAGCCCGGAGACCAGCAGCCGCCCGCUGACAUGCUGCAGCCUGACCCCCGGGACACCCUCUACCAAGUGCCUCUGCUCCCUAAAUCUCACGUCCGCCACGUGCUGCCUGAUUGUCCCUACAAACCCAGCUACCUGGUGGACGGGCUCCCCCUGCAGCGAUACCAGGGACUCCGGUUUGUACACCUGUCCUUCGUUUAUCCCAAUGACUACACCCGCCUGAGCCACAUGGAGACGCACAACAAGUGCUUCUAUCAGGAACAUGCCUACUACCAGGACAGGUUCAGCUUUCAGGAGUACAUGAAGAUGGAUCAGCCUGAGAAGCCGGGGCUGGAACGGCCAGCAGGUUUGGAAGAGGACCUUCUAGAAGAAUCCCAGUAUGCAGACACGGCAGAGGAGACCCCUGCUUCCCCGGACAGGGAUGCCAGGAUGUCAGAGGGCCGACAGGUGCCUCUCCCCAGCCCUGGGCAGGGGGUCACGGACUACCGGCUCCGGAGCCUGCGGAAGCUCCUGGCCCGGCCCCGAACUGGCCUGCUGGCUCCCUUCUCCAAGCGCAACUCCACGGCCCCUUUCCCAGUGAGACUUGGCAACCUCCCUGGCCGCCUGGCACAGGAGAGGAAGCGGAAACCCAGCCCCACGCCCAGCCACGACUUAGCUCCUCCAGCCAGGCGGCCCCCAGGACACCUUGCAGGAGGCCUGCCUCAGAAGAAGAGGCUCCAGCCCACAGGACCAGGCCCGGACAGGACUCUAGAGCAGUCACAGUGGCUGAGUCAAGUGGAGUCUUACAUCGCUGAGCAGAGGAGGGGCGACAGGAUGGAACCCCAGGCCUCCAGGAGGACUUGGGGUGCGGAGGAGGAAGUGGUGGCCGCUGUGGGCCAGGAGGAACAGGUGGAGGAAGAGGAGGAGGUGGAGGAGGAAGGGGAGGAGGAAGAGGAAGAGGAAGAAGACAUGAAUGAAGUGUUUGAGUAUGUGCCUGUGUUCGACCCUGUUGUCAACUGGGACCAGACCUUCAGCGCUCACAACCUUGACUUCCAAGCCCUGAGGACCGACUGGAUCGACCUGAGCUGCAACACCUCGGGCAAUCUGUUGCUCCCGGAGCAGGAGGCACUCGAGGUGGCUCGUGUCUUCCUCAAGAGACUCAGCCAGCGGAGCCGGGGGAGGUACCAGCUGCAGCGCAUCGUGAAUGUGGAGAAGCGACAGGACCAGCUGCGUGGGGGUCGCUACCUCCUGGAGCUGGAACUGCUGGAAGCCGGUGGGCGCCUGGUGCGGCUUUCAGAAUACGUGUCUGCACGAGGCUGGCAGGGGCUUGAGCCGGCUGGCGGGGAGGAGGCCGAGGCACGGAACCUGCAGGGUCUGGUCUGGAGCCCCCAUAAGCAGCGGAGACAGGUCCUGCACGUGCAGGCUCCAGAGCCCAAGCUGUGCUGGCCCCAGGGCUUCUCCUGGAACCACCGCGCUGUGGUCCACUUCAUCGUGCCUGUGAAGAACCAGGCACGCUGGGUACAGCAAUUCAUCAAGGACAUGGAGGGGCUGCUGCAGGCCACCGGCGACCCCCACUUCAACAUCAUCAUUACUGACUAUAGCAGUGAGGACAUGGAUGUCGAGAUGGCCCUGCGCAAGUCCCAGCUGCGGAGCUACCAGUAUGUGAAGCUCAGUGGAAACUUUGAGCGCUCUGCAGGGCUUCAAGCUGGCAUUGACCUGGUGAAGGACCCACAUAGCAUCAUCUUCCUCUGUGACCUCCACAUCCACUUCCCAGCCGGCGUCAUCGACACAAUCCGGAAGCACUGUGUGGAGGGCAAGAUGGCCUUCGCCCCCAUGGUGAUGAGACUGCAUUGUGGGGCCACGCCCCAGUGGCCUGAAGGCUACUGGGAGGUGAAUGGAUUUGGACUGCUUGGCAUCUACAAGUCUGACCUGGACAAGAUCGGGGGCAUGAACACCAAGGAGUUCCGGGACCGCUGGGGUGGGGAAGACUGGGAGCUGCUGGACAGGAUCCUCCAAGCCGGCCUGGAAGUGGAGCGGCUCUCCCUCAGGAAUUUCUUCCAUCACUUCCACUCCAAGCGCGGCAUGUGGAACCGCCGGCAGAUGAAGAUGCCCUAA